CUUAGCUGUUGUGGGGGAAGUCAGAUCGUGACAGGCAAGCAGUGGUGAACUGUAAACAUGGCGGCGUGCAGUGCUACAGGGCUGUGCCGAACACCCCGUUACUAUUAGUCUGAGAGGCGGAGACACCCCGAAAAUGGAGACCGAAGAGGAGCAGCAUAUCACCACGCUCCUCUGCAUGGGUUUCCCGGACCCCGACGUGAUACGGAAAGCGCUCCGGCUGGCAAAGAACGACAUCAACGAGGCAGUGGCGCUGCUGACAAACGAAAGCCCCGGACUCGGGUAUGGAUACGAGCCGAUGGAGAGUGGGCCUGCCCCCGGCUUGGGCUCGAGCGGAGAAGGAGAAAACAGCGGGCGGACUGGAACGGGAGGGUUCGACCCCCCUCCGGCAUACCACGAUGUGGUGGACAGCGAGAGAAACAAUGAUGAGAAUGGUAACUGCUCUGGAGUCAGCAUGGAGUUUCCCACCACCAACCUGUAUGAGCUGGAGAGUCGAGUCUUUACUGACCACUGGUCCAUACCUUACAAGAGAGAAGAGUCCCUGGGCAAGUGUCUUAUUGCCUCCACCUGCCUUGCCCGACACGGUCUUGCUGACGCGGACGAGAACUGCAAGCGAUUUAUGGACCGAUGCAUGCCAGAGGCCUUUAAAAAGUUGCUGACCAGCAGUGCCGUGCACAAGUGGGGCACUGAGAUACAUGAGGGAAUCUACAACAUGCUCAUGUUGCUGGUGGAGCUGGUUGCAGAGAGGGUGAAACAGGAUCCUGUGCCUGUGAACCUGAUGGGAGUCCUCACCAUGGCCCUUAACCCGGACAAUGAAUAUCACUUCAAGAACCGGAUGAAGGCCUGCCAGAGGAAUUGGGCUGAAGUUUUUGGAGACGAGGCCAACAUGUUUGCUGUCUCUCCCAGCAACACCUAUCAGAAAGAGCCUCAUGGUUGGCUGGUUGAUUUGGUGAAUCGAUUUGGCGAGUUGGGAGGAUUUACAGCCAUCCAAACGAAGCUCAACACUGACGAGAUCGAGAUUGCUUGUGUAUCAGCUCUGGUUCAGCCUCUCGGAGUUUGUGCUGAAUAUCUAAACUCAAGCCUUGUCCAGCCUAUGCUAGAUCCAGUUAUCCACAAGAUGAUCACAUAUGUGCAGAACCUGGAAGAAAAGGACCUUAAAGACAAGCGUCUCGUCAGCAUCCCAGAUCUGCUGUCGGCCAUCAAGCUGUUGUGUAUGAGGUUCCAGAGGGAGCUGGUCACUGUCGUUGAUGACCUGCGGCUGGACACGCUGCUGCGAAUGCUCAAAACGCCUCACUUCUCCACCAAGAUGAACUCCCUCAAAGAGGUGACAAAGCUGAUAGAAGAGAGCACGGUGUCAAAGACUGUGAAAAAUGCCAUCGACACUGAUAAACUGUUAGACUGGCUUGUAGAGAACUCAGUCCUGUCAAUAGCACUGGAAGGGAACAUUGAUCAGGCUCAGUACUGUGAGAGGAUUAAGGGAAUCAUUGAACUGCUAGGCAGCAAACUGUCGCUGGAUGAACUGUCCAAGAUCUGGAGAAUACAGGCAGGCCAGUCAUCAACUGUAAUAGAAAACAUUCACACAAUAAUCGCUGCCGCUGCUGUGAAGUUCAGCUUUGAUCAGCUCACUCACCUCUUCGUCCUCAUCCAAAAGAGCUGGGAGGUUGAGAGUGACCGGGUCAGACAAAAGCUGCUCAGCCUGAUCGGGAGGAUAGGCAGAGAAGCUCGCUCCGAAGCUACAACAGGAAAGGUGCUGGAAGUGCUGUGGGAGCUGGCCCACCUCCCCACUCUGCCCACCAGCCUGGUGCAGCAGGCUCUGGAGGAGCACCUGGGGAUCCUGAGUGAUGCCUACGCCGUCAAGGAGACUGUGAAGCGCAGUUACAUCAUCAAAUGCAUUGAGGACAUUAAGAAGACUCACAAUCCAGAGGACAGUAAAGGCAGCGACAUUCAAAUCCCAUUUCAUAUUGGCACUUGGGGCAAGAAGAAAUCAAACUCUUUGGCUAAAGCCUCUCAGCAGAGCAGUCCUCAGACCGUCUGGGUCGUUCCAGCUCUCCGUCAGCUGCAUGAGAUCACCCGCUCUUUCAUAAAGCAGACCUACCAGAAGCAAGACAAGAGCAUUAUUCAGGAUCUGAAGAAAAACUUCGAGAUCGUCAAACUGAUCACGGGAUCCCUCGUGUGCUGCCAUCGACUGGCCGUGACGGCGGCGGGUAAUAACAGCAUCUCAGGCUCAACCCUGGUGGAUGGACGAUACACCUACCAAGAGUAUCUGGACAGCCACCUGCGCUUCCUGGCCUUCUUCCUCCAGGAGGCCAGCCUCUACCUGGCCUGGAACAGGGCCAAGGAGCUCUGGGAGUGUCUGGUGUCGGGGCCGGACGUUUGUGAACUUGACCGUGAGAUGUGUUUCGAAUGGUUCACCAAAGGACAACAUGACCUCGAGAGCGACGUGCAACAGCAGCUCUUCAAGGAGAAGAUCUUAAAACUGGAGCCUUACGAGAUCACGAUGAAUGGUUUCAAUCUGUUUAAGACCUUCUUUGAGAAUGUUAAUCUUUGUGAUCAUCGCCUGAAGCGCCAGGGAACUCAGCUGUGCGUGGAGCGCCUUGACCUCGCAGGGAUGGAUUUCAUCUGGCGCAUCGCCAUGGAAACCCCCGAUGAAGAGAUAGCAAAUGAAGCAAUCCAGCUUAUUAUCACAUACAGCUACACCAACCUCAAUCCCAAGAUGAAGAAGGACUCCGUGUCGUUGCACAAGAAGUUCAUUGCUGAUUGCUACAAGCGAUUAGAGGCAGCCAGCUCGGCCCUGGGUGGGCCAACUCUAACGCACGCUGUUACCAGGGCAACCAAGAUGCUGACGGCCACGGCCAUGCCAACAGUUGCCACAUCUGUACAAUCACCAUCCAGGUACAGAGGGGGGUUUGGGUCCACGAAGCUGGUGAUCAUUGAGAGACUGCUGCUAUUGGCUGAGCGAUACGUCAUCACUAUAGAGGACCUGUACUCAGUUCCUCGCACUAUUCUACCUCAUGGGGCCUCGUUCAAUGGACACCCUGUCACUCUUCACAUUACCUAUGAGUCAACCAAAGACACUUUCACUUUAGAGACCCACAGUAAUGAGACGAUAGGAAGUAUCCGGUGGAAAAUAUCCGAGCACUUGAGCUGUCCGGUGGAUAACGUUCAGAUCUUUGCCAAUGAUAGCGUGUUGACCAUGAAUCGGGACCAGAAGCUUCUGUCCCAGCUUGGCUUCAACGACGAGCAGAGCCUGACUGUGAAGAGCUCAGGCACUGGCACUCCCUCUGGCAGCUCCGAGUCUUCAGCCUCCGCCUCGAGCAGUUCCAGCUCUGCUGUCUUCAACUCUGCCUAUGCCUUGGAGCAGGAGAAAUCGCUACCUGGGGUAGUGAUGGCUUUGGUCUGCAAUGUGUUUGAGAUGCUUUACCAGCUGGCGAACCUGGAUGAAUCCAGGAUCACUCUUCGCGUGAGGAAGCUGCUGCUGCUCAUUCCAACUGAUCCUGAAGUUCAAGAUGCACUCGAUAACUUUGUUCCCAAAGAGUCCAGUGUCUGGAGCCAUCAGAAGACAUUGUUCACCCUCGGCCAAGGUGCAGGCUCUCGAUCUCCAUCCAUGUCCUCGAAGCAACAACAUCAGCCCAGCGCUGCAUCCAUCCUAGAGUCAUUGUUCAGAUCUUCCGCCCCUGGAAUGUCUACAUUCAGAGUGCUGUACAACCUGGAGGUGUUGAGCUCAAAGCUCAUGCCCACAUCUGAUGAUGAGAUGGCCAAAACCAGCAGCAAAUCCUUCUGCGAGAACUUCCUGAAGGCAUCCGGCCUCAGUCUGGUCGUGAAUGUCAUGCAGAGAGAUUCUAUCCCAUCAGAAGUGGACUAUGAGACGAGACAAGGAGUCUAUUCCAUCUGUCUCCAGCUGGCCAGGUUCCUUCUGGUUGGUCAGAGCAUGCCCGCAGUGCUGGAUGACGACGUUAUCAGAGAUGGAGAGGCGCUGUCGUCCCGUCCGUUCCGCAAUGCUGGACGAACCGGGCGGCAGUUGUCUCUCUGUGGAACUCCAGAGAAGUCCUCAUACAGACAGAUGUCGCUGUCUGAACGCUCGUCCAUACGAGUGGAGGAGAUCAUACCUGCUGCUCGUGUUGCUAUUCAGACCAUGGAAGUGGGGGACUUUACAUCUACCGUGGCCUGUUUCAUGCGUCUGACCUGGGCCGCUGCAGCAGGCCGGUUGGAUCUGGUUGGGAGCCCACAGCCAAUCAGAGAGAGCCACGGCACUCUUCUGCAGCAUGGAGUGCGCACUCGGGUCAGCAGUACUGGGAGCAACUGCAGCUCCAGCAGCGAGGGUGAAACUACGCCCACAGCGCUGCAUGCUGGGAUAUGCGUCCGGCAGCAGAGCGUGUCCAUUAAAGAUGCCAUCAUUGCCAGGGAGGCUUUGUCGCUGUUGGUUACCUGCCUGCAGUUACGCUGCCAGCAGCUGUGUUCUUUUUACAACCUUCCUUCUGUCAGUGAUUUUAUUAUCGACGUUCUGCUGGGGUCUCCCAGUGGAGAGAUCCGCCGCGUAGCCUGUGAUCAGCUGUACACUCUGAGUCAGUCGGACACGUCGGCCUUCCCCGAUGUCCAGAAGCCGAACCUGUUCCUUCUCUCCGUCGUCCUCACUGCCCAGCUGCCACUGUGGAGUCCCACAUCUGUCAUGAGGGGGGUCAACCAGAGGCUGCUGUCCCAGUGCACCGAGUACUUUGACCUGAGAUGUCAGCUCUUGGAUGACCUAACCACGUCAGAGAUGGAGGUGCUGAAAGUGAGUGCAGCCACCAUGCUGGAGGACGAGAUCUCUUGGCUCGACAACUUUGAACCCAGCUGGAGCUCCGAGAUGGAGACCAGCGAGGCGGAUAACAUCCUCCUGGCAGGACACCUCAGACUCAUCAAGACGUUACUCUCGCUCUGCGGCAGUGAGAAAGAGCAUCUCGGUCCGUCUCUCAUCCAGCAGCUUUUGGAUGACUUCCUGUUUCGAGCUUCACGCAUCAUCAUCAACAGUUCGAACCCCACACCUUCCCCGGCCCCGAGCCACGACUUCCACCCCAAGUGCAGCACAGCCAGCAGCCGGCUGGCGGCCUACGAGGUGCUGGUGAUGCUGGCAGACAGCUCGCUCUCCAAUCUGCAGCUCAUCACCAGAGAGCUGCUGUCCAUGCAUCACCAGUCAGACCCUUCCAUCUGCAAGGAGUUCGACUAUCUGCCUCCAGUGGAGAGCCGAUCCGUCUCAGGUUUUGUUGGACUGAAGAACGGUGGAGCCACAUGCUACAUGAAUGCUGUAUUCCAGCAGCUUUACAUGCAGCCUGGCCUGCCAGAGGCUUUCUUGUCCAUUGAGGAUGACACAGACCAGCCAGAAGAGAGUGUCUUCUACCAGGUCCAGUCUUUGUUUGGACACCUGAUGGAGAGCAAACUGCAGUACUACGUACCAGAGAACUUCUGGAAGAUCUUCAAAAUGUGGAAUAAAGAGCUUUAUGUGAGAGAGCAGCAAGAUGCCUAUGAGUUCUUCACCAGCCUGGUGGACCAGCUUGAUGAACAUCUCAAGAAAAUGGGUCGAGAGCAGAUCUUCAAAAACACAUUUCAGGGAAUUUUCUCAGACCAGAAGAUCUGUAAAGACUGCCCUCACCGUUACGAGCGUGAGGAGACCUUCAUGGCGCUGAACCUCGGCGUGACUUCCUGUCAGAGUUUGGAGAUUUCAUUAGACCAGUUCGUGAGAGGAGAAGUGCUGGAGGGCAGCAAUGCCUACUACUGUGAGAAAUGUAAAGAGAAGAGGACCACCGUAAAAAGGACGUGCAUCAAGUCUCUGCCCAGCGUUCUCUGUAUUCACCUCAUGCGCUUUGGCUUUGACUGGGAAAGUGGACGCUCCAUCAAAUACGAUGAGCAGAUCAGGUUCCCCUGGGUGUUGAACAUGGAGCCCUACACCGUCUCUGGAAUGGCUCGUCAAGACUGCAGCGGCGAGGGAGGUGAGGGAAGAGUCGACGGGACCUCAGGAGGGUCGCCCCGAAAGAAAGUCACCAUUUCUGAGAACUACGAGCUGGUUGGAGUUGUCGUCCACAGUGGACAGGCGCACGCUGGACACUACUACUCCUUCAUCAAGGACAGACGUGGCAGCGCCCGUGGACGUUGGUACAAGUUCAACGACAACGUGGUGGAGGAGUUCGACAUGAACGAUGAAACUCUGGAGUAUGAGUGCUUUGGAGGAGAGUAUCGUCCCAAAGUUUACGACCAGUCGAAUCCGUACCCUGAUGUGCGGAGGAGGUACUGGAAUGCCUACAUGCUGUUCUAUCAGAAGAUCAGCGAUCAAAACUCGCCAGUCCUGCCCAAGAAGAGCAGAGUCAGCAUCAUGAGACAGGAGGCCGAGGACCUCACGCUAUCUGCCCCAUCCUCCCCAGAUGUUUCCCCACAGUCCUCUCCCCGCCCGCCACGAGCCAACAACGACCGCCUCACAAUCCUCACCCGCCUGGUCCGCAAGGGGGAAAAGAAGGGUCUGUUUGUGGAGAAGAUGCCCGCCAGCAUCUAUCAGAUGGUGAGAGACGAGAAUCUGAAAUUCAUGAGGAACAGAGACGUCUACAACAGCGACUACUUCAACUUCACCCUCUCCCUGGCCUCAGUCAAUGCGACAAAGCUGAAGCAUCCGGACUAUCAGCCUAUGGCCAAAGAAAGUCUUCAGCUGGCCGUUAACUUCCUCUUCCACACCUACCUGCACACCAAAAAGAAACUCCGCGUGGACACCGAGGAGUGGAUGGCAACGGUGGAGGUGUUGCUGUCGAAGAGCAGUGAAGCGUGUCAGUGGAUGGUUCAGUACCUGGUGGGACCGGAGGGACGCGAAAUCACCAGGGUCUGUCUGCUGGAGUGCAGCGUGAGGGAGGUGAGAGUGGUGGUCGCAUCCAUCCUGGAGAAGACGCUGGAGAGCGCGCUGCACUUCGGAGACCCGGGGGUGGACAACUUGAUAGACGCCCUGCUGUCCCUGCUGGACAAAGACGUCCCUGAGAAUGUGAAAAACUGCGCGCAGUACUUCAGCCUCUUCAGCAACUUCGCUCAGAGGGGUUGCGGUCCUUGUCAGCUGUUGCUGAAACACUCAGCGUAUCGCCGCAUGCUCAUCUUCCUGUUGGGACCUAAUCGGCAGAACAACCAGAACCGGCGGUGGAGCCCGGCUCAGGCUCGAGAGUUUCUUCACCUCCACACCACUCUGGCGCUCAUCACGCUGCACUCUGAUCUCGGCCCCCAGCAGACGCACGCUCCAGGAGGAUUUAAGCUGCGCCUCUGCAGCAUCCCGUCGUCCACGCCCCUCCUCCCGCUCCACGCAGACAUCCUGGCCUCACUCUUCACUCCAGAGGGGCAGCCUUAUCUUCUGGAGGUGAUGUUUGCCAUGCGGGAACUGUCGGGGCCUCUCUCCGUCCUCAUGGAGAUGGUGACCUACAGCUCCUACUGCAACGAGCCGUUUUCUCUGGGAGUGCUGCAGCUACUGAAGACCCAGCUGGAGACGGCGCCGCCUCACGAGCUGAAGAACGUUUUUCAGAUGCUGCAGGAGCUGCUGGUUGUGGAAGAUCCUCUUCAGUCCCAGAGACUCAAAUAUGCCUUUGAAUCAGAGAAAGGCCUGUUAGCUUUGAUGCAUCAGAGCAACAACGUGGACAGCCGGCGCUGCUACCAGUGCGUCAAGUUUCUGGUCACGUUAGCCCAGAAGUGUCUUCCAGCCAAGGAUUACUUCAAGGACCUGUCGGGUCACUGGAGCUGGGCCGUGCAGUGGCUUCAGAAAAAGAUGACAGAACAUUACUGGACCCCACAGAGCAACGUCUCCAACGAGACAUCCACCAAUAAAACCUUCCAGCGCACCAUUUCUGCACAGGAUACCUUGGCCUACGCUACGGCGCUGCUGAACGAGAAGGAGCAGUCCGGCAGCAGUAACGGCUCCGACGGCAGCCCAGCAAACGAGAACGCCGACCGCAGCCUCCGACAGGGGUCAGAGUCUCCCAUGAUGCUCUGUGAUUCGAAGAGCGAUCUAGAAGACGUCGACUCCUAGUUCCUCCGGUCGGUGGGACUCCCCCCCGCGGAGCGGAGGCACAGCUCCGGCAGCCAUAUGAGAAAAGAAAAAAAAAAAAAAUGAAAGGGCUGCACUUCACCUCUGAUUGGUCUGGACAUUUCGGGACUCCACAGAAAGCCAAUCAGAACAGUUUGUCUCGCGGUCGCUACGGCAACGAAGGAGCUCUGAAUAAGCGAUGAAUUACUUCCUUUGAGACCAGCCGGGGCGGCGGCGGCAGAGAUGCAUUGUCAUUAAGGGCAGCAGAGUUGAUUUGGGUGGGAAGUGCAAAUAACCCUCCACAAUCACGGAUGACUUCCGUUUUAUCUUUUUAUUCAUUCAUUCACUCAGAAUGACAACCAGGUGGAGGAUGGGUUUGGGUUGUGUUUUAACAAUUUUCUGCUCAUAUUUGCCAAUGUACCUACACAGACAUAUUCAUACUGUAAAGAUAUGUAAUUUCCAUUGUAAGAUAGUAUAAGUCUUCUGUGCUCUUUUCCACAGCCAUACCGAUAGCGAGAGGUCAGGUUUUAGCCGCUCCAGAGGAACUCACAGACACACGUGCUCACUUGUACAGGAACACCUCCACACACGAGCACCUGGGAGGAGGGUGGGGUUUCAGUAUGCACUUUAUAGUCUAGCCCGGUCCUUUGUGAUGUACAGCAGCAGCAGCAGCACCGGCCGGUUCCUCUAGGGCCUCCUCACACUCAUGUCCUCCUCUUUUCGCUUUCAACAACUUAAUAUUUGCAGUGCCACAUAUGCAGACACACGGACGCGCCCCCCCCCCCCACCCAUAGCGAAGGCUGCAGCUUGACCUUUGACCCCUGGCCGUCACACUGUAGCCUCGGGGAGGGGGUAUGCAGUAUGGAGGCAGAUGCUGUCCCAGAAACGGGACGGCUUCAGCGCCCUCAGCAAAUCUGAAAGGAGCAGUGCCACCGUCAGCUCUCUCUCCACUCCUCCCGCCUCCUUUUUUCUUCCUCCUGCUGACAGCCAGCCUCAUGUGCGAGAGUUUUUUUCUUUCUGUCUUUUCUUUUUAAGACUGUUUCAUGUCGAGGGAUGCAUAGAUACCACUUUUUUAUGAUCUUGUCUUGCAAUUAUUUUUCUUAGAUUUUCUUUUUUUUUUUAAUUUCUGACUUAAUUUUCCUUUGAACAUCUGAUCACUGACAGUUUUUUCCCCUCAACAUGGCUACACACUUAGCUCUAACAAAAACGAAAAAAAAAAAUUAUUUUUUUAAAGGUUUGAUUUUUAAUCGAAUACCACUCUACGUGCUUUGAAGUUUUUUUGUUUUGUUUUUUUUUUUACAUUUAAUUAAGAACACAAAGCUUUGUUUGUGGAUGACAUGUUACUGAGUGCAGCAGACCUGUAGAUCGUGGCUCUGUGCUGCAGUGUUCAAUCAAACAUCUGAAAUAAACCCGCCAUCAACACCAGACGCUUUUUAUGGGAAAUGACUGGAUUUAUUCUGGUAUCAGUGCAUCCCUACUAUUCUUUGCCGGUUUUUAAUUUUGACUUUUAGUGUGUAUGUGUGUGUGUGUCUGGAUGGACUGAAUGCCAGAGAGGAUUUUUUUUUUUUUAAGGACUGACAAGCCUUAUGCAAGCAAAGCUGAUCUCAAAGCGCACACAUCAGGUGUGGUGGGCCGCCAGUGCCAACUGAGGGUAGGGAGGGGGCUCAUGAUUUUUUUUUUUUUUCAUUAUUAUUAUUAUUUUAGGUGCCAAGGUUACAUAUUACACAAAUACACACCACACAAAUAACACUUGGAUAAAACUUGUGGAUAAAGAUGCAAGCGUGUGUGCCACUGCUCCACAUCGCUCACAGAACAGGUUGUCCUCACGUCACCGUUACCUCCACUUGAUCAGGUUUCUUUUUGCUUUUUGUCAUGCCGGGGCUGCAGCCCACCCCCAGUGGGCUCGUCUCGCUUUUUUGCUUCACCUUUUGCAUUUCGUCUACCUUUGGACACACCUUGAGGAGCUGAACACAAAUGUAGCUCUGGUGUUCACUGGAGAGCAACACCUGCCCCCACCCCCCCCACACCCACCCACCCCUUUGUUUUCGGGAGACUUGAAGUGCCUUAACCUCCCGACCCCGCACGCCCCUCACCCCCACCCCUCCACACGUUGCAUCUCAGAUGAGGUGCGCCGACAUCCGUGCCACCAAACCGGUCUCUCCUGUGGCCGCAUAGCUCUGCUGUAGGAGUGCAAUAGGGCUGCCUCAUGUCCAUCGUUCCCCAAACUACGACAGGGAAUUCCCUCCGCGUUGUGACAAAGGAUUGUAGGAAUGUGACUGUUGAUGCCGCGUGUGGACGGAUCGGGGGGGUUGUGUACAUUUUACUCUGUUGAAACAGGGUGCAGGUGUCAGCGCAGGUUUGGGUGGAGGUUGGGGGGAAAAAAUGCUGCUUUUCACGCUCCAGCGGAGACACUUUGUAGAUACCAAUUAUUGCAAAGUAGCUUUUUCUUUUUUGUUUUUUGUUUUUUUGUUUUUUUUUAUAGAACGGAAAAGUCACAGUCGUUCUGAAGACAUGAGCCUAAACUAGUUUAGCAGAUUAGCCUCUCAGCUUUAACAGGUCAAUGUUUACAGUGUGAGGACCAUAGGGCAAUCAUGCAAAACCAUUGUUUCAGCUUCCACUUGAAGUCAAUCCACCAAGUCUCCUCCACAUCCUCAGACCCGGAGGAGAGUUGAAAAGUUGUUUUUAUUUUUUUAUUUUUUUUUAUACCUUCUACACACACAGACACACACACACACACACACGUGCACCCACUUCACACAAGCUUCAUUUCCCUCUCGAUCUCACUAGAUGUGAAUGUCACGUUGUGCUCUCCGGCACAUUUGCAUGUGUGGCAGUAAGUGGUGGUGAAGUUCGUCUUUUCUGUGUGAUGGGGGGGGGGGGAAGAGAAGCCCUUCCCCCUCUUCCACAUUUUGUUUGCCGUGUAAUUUGAUGUCAUUUGCGCUUACUGUCACAAACACGAUCCUCCUGUGUUGGCUGGUUGCGUGCUGUCUGAGGAAGCUGCAUGUGGUCUGUGCCAAAGCUUUGGCAAAACGAGUCGCACUGAGCCAAGAGUGUGUCAUACAGGUGCGGCCCUCUGCAACUUCAUCCAACUACACAAGAAUAGACGAAAAACAAACUUCAGAACAAUCUUUUUUUUUGUUUGUUUUAAUCCUAGGAUGCAGGGAAGGAUAGGUGAGUGCGUGGGUGGGGACUGGCAUCUGUUACGGGUUUUUAUGAUCAUUGAGUUUUAGAAACGCUGUUCUGACACCACAGGAUUCUGUAAUGCAUGUUGAAUUCAAUUUUGAUUUGUACAUCAGAGUUUGAUUAAGGGGAAAUUUGAUAUAAAAUAAACUGGAAUGCACAACUUUU